CAGCAGUCUUACCCCUUCUCUCUCUCUCUCUGUUCCCCAUCCCUCCCUCCCUCACACUCUCUCUCCCUCUCUCUCUCUCUCUCUCUCUUAAGGAUAUCUAAGUGAGCAUGAGAAAACAUAACUGAGUGGACAUUCACGCCGGACUUCUGCGUAGCUGAUAACCAGCGGAGGACGACUCUGCAGCUGAGAUUUUCUGCAUAUUUCUACGCACAUAUAGGUUUACUCAGCAUCAUGACCAGGAAGGUUUUCACCAACACGAGGGAGCGCUGGCGUCAGCACAACGUCAACACGGCCUUCGCAGAGCUCCGCAAGCUCAUCCCCACCCAUCCUCCAGAGAAGAAGCUGAGCAAGAACGAGAUCCUGCGUCUGGCCAUGCGCUACAUCAAUUUCCUGGUGCAGCUGCUGGAGAGCCAGAGCGGUCAGCCAGCCAGCCACUCCCCCACCGCUCUGCUCACCUUCCUCAGAGGAAACAUGGAGCAGCUACGCUCCCCUCCUCACGCCUGGGCCCUGACCAGUGACACAGAAGUCCCAUCACCUGGAUCCAGCUGUGACAGCUCUGAGGCCUGGUAGAACCACUGCUGCAAAACAAAAAAAAAAACGACAAACUCUUGAGUGGACUUUCUAACUUUUUCCUGGGGUUAAACUGAUCGAGUCCAUCUUCAAGACUCAUUUUUAUCUCUGCAUUUUUUUUUUUAAUGCAGAGGAUAUGAUUGCGUGUCAAAUUUGUGGACUCCAAACAUGGCAGAAGA